GAGCAUUCAAGGUCGCGACAAGCUUGACAUUUGCCUGUUGGGUCCGAAUGUGCAAGAAAGGUAUUGUUGUGUCACCGAAACUCGCUGUCGUCUUGACGCCCAUCACCACUGCCCUUCCCCGUUGCACUCCACCUCCACCUUCCCACUCCCUUAUUAGUUGACGCUUGACACAAUACAAACACAAAACAAAAGAGCAAAGGUGGUGUGCAUCCACAACACCUUUCGGGCAAGCAAAACAAGGGUGGGGAGCGAAAACAACUAACGGUGUGCAGCUGUCGUCCGACGCACGCGGCGUGUUUGUUAUGUGAGAAACUGGGCAACCGCUUGGCAACGCCCCCCUGCUUGCCGCCCCGUAGUACCGUCGCCGCCCAGCCAGCACCGUACCCGCACCGCUGCGAAAACAUGUCCGCGCAGCUGAACGGUCUCGGCGGACGGUGGUCCGGAAGUAAGGCGCGAACGAAGCACGAGCCCGCGACGCAAUCAGCAGCACCGGGCGGCGACAGCGAGGAAUCCUCGCUGGACGAGUUUCUCGAGCACGAGCUGCUCUGCUGGCUGAACGAGGACAAACCGAUCGGGCAGGAGGUGGCCACGCUGCGGCCGGAACUGUACGGCGAGCUGCACCAGCUGCUCGGCGUCGCUACCGAGGCGGACAAUCGGUGCGUCGAGGAGAUACUGGCGGAAGCGGAACGGUUGAUGCUGCAGGACGGUGGGUCGGAGCUGCCAGUCGCUGCCGGCGACCAGUCACCGGUCGGGUGGGGCGAACUGCUGCUCCCGCCGCCACCAGCGCCACCGCCACCAAUGACGACGAAGUGGGAUGAGAACGGGCCGCCGUUCCAUCGGCCCCAGCGGAUCGCGAGUCCAGCUUGUGUGAAGGUGCUAGAAUUAACCGGAUCGGCCCAUUGCAAUGGCACUGGAGAGCGUAGACAGCAACCCGCGGAGCCGACCAAACUAUCCAAUAAUCGGAUACGGUCCCCGCCGGAGAACUCACCACCACCAACACCACCACCACCAGCACAACAACCAUCAACUCCUACCACGCCCACACAGCGGCGACACAUCGAUCAACCGACAGCAAUCAAAGCGAAGGUUAGGCUCGAGCGCAUCGAACCGACGCACCACUCGAAACAGACGGCAACGGAGUCGUCGCCGGUCGUGCCGUACCGUGCCCGGCACACGUGCGACCGCUCCACGCAACCGUCACCGGACGACGCGCCGGACGAUCGGUGCGCGAGCUGGGCCAAGGAGCGGCUGCUCGAGGGGCAAAUAACCGAGCUGCAGGAGCGCCUGAAGGAUACGGAGGAGCGGUACCACAGCCUGAAGCUCCAGUACGACACGCUGUCCCAGGUGCACCGGACGCUGCGCGAAAACUACGGCACGCUGCAGGAGGAAAGCGAAAAGCUGCAGUUCGACAUCCAGCACCUGACCAAGUGUGCCGACGUGUUGCGAUCCGAGCUGCAAUCCGCCCGCUGCGAUCGGGAUUCCGCCAUCGAGCUGCAGAAAAUACUGCAGUCCGAGCUGGACGAAUCCCGCCGGGAGCGCAAAAAGCUGCAGGACGGCGGCGAGAAGGACACGAAAACGAUACAGGACCUGCAGCGCCAGUGCCGCGAGAUGGAGCGGAUACUGAUGCGCAAAAAUCCCGACUCCAUAUCCGCCUUAAUCGUGGCCAGCAAAUCGCCGACGGGCAAGCCGGAACCGGACGGCUCGAACUCGACCACCUGCCGGCUGCUGGAGCAGCGGAUCGCCCAGCUCGAGGCGGACGCGCGGAAGCAGGACGCGAAGGCGCAAGGUAUACUGGCCGACGUGCAGGCCCGCUUUAACUCGGUGCAGGCAAAGUACGAAACGCACAUAGCCGAUCUCGAGAUGCAGGUGCUCAGCCUGCAGGAGAUCAACUCGAAGCUGAACGAGAAGAUCAUCCGCCAGAUGGAGGAGCUGGCCAGCAUCGGCAGCCAUGCCGGCACCGUCAACGGCAGCACCGCUAGCUUUACGCAAACAGACGCAGCAGUGGAGGGAGAGGAGGAGGAGGAGGAGGAGCCGAGAGACCGCAAGCGCGAGGCUGCCAAUGCUAAAGUACGCUCUAUUUUAGUGCAGACGGAUGUGACGGGAGAGGCGGCCACAGCGGCAACGGCAACGGUGGUGGUGCCGGCGGUGCGCCAACCGUCCGCCAAGCGGGCCCAGGCCCAGGGCAAGGAGGACGCCCAUCUGCUCGCCACCAUACGCGGCAUGCGGGUCGAUCUGGCCAUCAAGGAGAAGGCGGUCCAGCGGCUGACGCGCGAGGUCGAGGAGUGCAAGAAGACGAUCAAGAAGCUGCAGAAAAAGAAGGAACCCGGACCGGUCGGCGCGGGCAAUGGCGGCGGUGGCGGCGGUGGCGGCGGCCGGGGCGCCGACAGUAGUGGCCGGUCGCCGGUGAAGGUGCGCAGCAAGCCGGAGAGCGGUGGCGAGUGCGGUGCCGGUCCCGAGCCCGGUGCGCUCCGCGAUGCGCAGUCCAAGGUGAAGCUGCUCGAGCUGGACUACAAGGCGCUGCAGGAGAAGCGGCUACAGGACCUGAAAACGCUACAGGCCGCACACGAGAAGGAGCUGGCGUCCUGCCACGAAUCGAUACGCUUUCUGCAGCAGCGGCUGGCGGAAAGCGAGGAGGAGCUGCUGCUGCAGCGGAAGGACAGCAAGCACCGGCCGAACCACGGCACCGAUUACUACGGACUGAAGGCAAAGCGAAUGCGCCCACUGAAGCGGGCUGUUGCGCCGCGGGUCGGGAGGCUAGCGACCGCACGGUACGGUUGGCACCCGGCCGGCCGUACCAACACGUCCGGCAGAUCGGCAGCAGCGCUGGUGCAUCUGCUUGCGAAUGAGUUUCACUGCACGAAAUCGAAACUGUUGCUAGGCGACGACGGGCACAGACAAUAAGAGAAGCUUGUACCGAGAGCAAAAAAAAACAAGCAAAAUACGAAAAUUAACGAAAAAUACGAAAUUGUAGGGAACAGAUAGACACAUGUCACAGAGAGGGAGAGAGCGAAUGCAAGAAAUGUUCCUGCCAAAUUCAACAACCGUACCCAAAGAAAUUGUUAGUAUGUUUAAGCGACGGACACGUCCAAUUUGCAAAUGUCCCACACAAGCCGUGAUAGUUUAACAAUCCACCAGUGUGCAUAGUUUAGUUUAAAGUACUAAUAUUCGUAAUGAACAAAACUCAGUUGUUGAGUUAACUGCGGCUGUGCUGAGUUGCUUGACUUUUUUUUUAACCUGAAUUAUGUUUAUCCAUUCCUCUAACUGCCCCGCAUUUACGAAGAAUUGGCGAACAGUUAUUUAUUUAAGUCGCUAACUCAUCGCACAGCCACGCAGUCGGGCAGAGGAAAUUGAUCUCCCAGUAGGUGAUUGACAACAACCAGUGCUGUAAAAUGUCAUGAGCAUCACGAGAAGUUCACCAACGAAAACAUUGAACAUAUCCGUGAUAGCUUGAUACUCAUUGCUGAUACUCAAUGAAUGGGCGUCAUGACAUGCCGAAAACGACAUGCAAGUGCUUGAGUCAAACGCGAAACUCUGCCUCACAAGCUGAGCUUAAUGCCGACACAAGCAUAAUCAUGACUUUUUCUGACUGUGAAAAGCCAAAUGCAACUGCUUCGGUCACCAACAGGCAUGACUGAAACGAAGCUCAAAUCACUUCACGUACACAACUGAGAUGAUCAGAGGUGAGACUCAAACAGUUGGUGGA